AUGGACGGCAGACGGUGGCCUUCCCGCUGGGCCUGGCCUCUGCUAGCAGUGGCACUGGCGGCCGGGGGUGUGGCGUCCAGUGGGGCCACGGACAACAGCCCCACAGCCAACAGCCUGGAGGGGGGCCCGGACGCCACGGCCUCCUGGUGGGGGGAGUGGACCAAGUGGACGGCGUGCUCCCGCAGCUGCGGUGCCGGGGUGACGUCCCAGGAGCGGCACUGCCUGCAGCAGAGGAGGACGUCAGUCGCGGGCGCCGGGAACAGGACCUGCACGGGCACGUCCAAGCGGUACCAGCUGUGCCGAGUGCAGGAGUGUCCGCCGGACGGGAGGAGCUUCCGCGAGGAGCAGUGCAUCUCCUUCAACUCCCACGUGUACAACGGGCGGCGGCACCAAUGGAAGCCCCUGUACCCCGACGACUACGUGCACAUCUCCAGCAAGCCCUGCGACCUGCACUGCACCACCGCGGACGGCCAGCGGCAGCUGAUGGUGCCCGCCCGCGACGGCACGUCCUGCAAGCUCGCCGACCUGCGCGGGGUUUGCGUGUCUGGAAAAUGUGAGCCCAUCGGCUGUGACGGGGUCCUCUUCUCCACCCACACGCUGGACAAGUGCGGCGUCUGCCAGGGGGACGGGAGCAGCUGCACCCACGUGAUGGGGAACUACCGCAAGGGGAACGCCCAGCUCGGCUACUCUCUGGUGACCUACAUCCCGGCUGGCGCCCGAGACAUCCAGGUUGUGGAGCGGAAGAAGUCCGCCGACGUGCUGGCCCUCGCAGAUGAAGCCGGCUCCUACUUCUUCAACGGCAACUUCAAGGUGGACAGCCCCAAGAACUUCAACAUCGCCGGCACCGUAGUCAAGUACCGGCGGCCCAUGGACGUCUACGAGACUGGCAUCGAGUACAUCGUGGCGCAGGGGCCCACCAACCAGGGCCUGAACGUCAUGGUCUGGAACCAGAACGGCAAAAGCCCAUCUAUCACCUUCGAGUACACGCUGCUGCAGCCGCCGGCCGCCGGCCAUGCACGGCCCUUCUACUACCGCUUCCCCGAGCCCGCCUCCGAGAGCGCCGAGAGCCAGGAGCUGGACGGGCCGGGGCUGCUGGGCUUCCUCCCGCGCAACGGUUCGCUCUACGGCCAGGCCUCCUCCGAGCGGCUGGGCCUGGACAACCGGCUGUUCGGCCCCCCGGGCCCGGGGAUUGAGCUGGGGCUGAGCAAGGAGACCAACGAGGUGUGCGAGCAGGCCAGCGGCAGGGCCUGCGAGGGACCCCCCAGGGGCAAGGGCUUCCGAGACGGCAACGCCACAGGGAUGGCUCCCUUGGGGGACAGAGACGACCAGGGGGCCGGCGCCCGCCUCCCUGCCCCGGGCUUCCUCUCGGCCAACCUCAUCUCGGGCCAGCUGCUGGGCACCGGCUCCGACUCCCAGGAGCUCACCCCCAACGAGACGGCCAACAGCAUCUUCGUGCGGGGCGCCCCCGCCGAGGGCCUCUACGUGGACUCUGAGGAGCACGAGGGGGCUGGCGCUUACCCGCUCAACGGGUCCCAGCUGGAGCUGAGCAGCGACAGGGUGGCCAACGCCUCCGCGGAGGCCCCCUUCCCCAACGCCAGCGCCAGCCUCCCCGCCUCGGCCGGGAACAGGACGCACAAGGCCAGGAGCAGGCCCAAGGCGCGCAAGCAGGGUAUGAGCCCGGCAGACAUGUACCGGUGGAAGCUGUCCUCGCACGAGCCCUGCAGUGCCACAUGCACCACAGGGGUCAUGUCGACUUACGCCAUGUGUGUCCGCUACGACGGCAUCGAGGUGGAUGACAGCUACUGCGACGCCCUGACCCGUCCGGAGCCGGUCCAGGAGUUCUGCGCCGGGCGGGAGUGCCAGCCCAGGUGGGAGACCAGCAGCUGGAGCGAGUGCUCGCGGACCUGCGGGGAGGGCUACCAGUUCCGCAUCGUGCGCUGCUGGAAGAUGCUGUCGCCGGGCUUCGACAGCUCCGUGUACAGCGACCUGUGCGAGGCCGCCGAGGCCGUGCGGCCCGAGGCACGCAAGACGUGCCGCAACCCGGCCUGCGGGCCGCAGUGGGAGAUGUCUGAGUGGUCCGAGUGCACGGCCAAGUGCGGAGAGCGCAGCGUGGUGACCAGGGACAUCCGCUGCUCGGAGGACGAGCAGCUCUGCGACCCCAGCACCAGGCCCGCGGGGGAGAAGGGCUGCACGGGGCCCCCCUGUGACCGCCAGUGGACCGUCUCCGACUGGGGGCCGUGCAGCGGAAGCUGCGGCCAGGGCCGCAUGAUCCGGCACGUGUACUGCAAGACCAGCGACGGGCGGGUGGUGCCCGAGUCUCAGUGCCAGACGGAGACCAAGCCGCUGGCCAUCCACCCCUGCGGGGACAAGAACUGCCCGGCGCACUGGCUGGCCCAGGACUGGGAGCGGUGCAACACCACCUGCGGGCGAGGCGUGAAGAAGCGGCUGGUCCUGUGCAUGGAGCUGGCCAACGGGAAGCCGCAGACACGCAGCGGCCCCGAGUGCGGGCUGGCCCAGAAGCCUCCCGAGGAGAGCGCCUGCUUCGAGAGGCCCUGCUUCAAGUGGUACACCAGCCCGUGGUCCGAGUGCACCAAGACCUGCGGCGUGGGCGUGCGAAUGCGGGACGUGAAGUGCUACCAGGGCACCGACAUCGUCCGCGGCUGCGAUCCCCUGGUGAAGCCUGUGGGCCGGCAGGCCUGCGACCUGCAGCCCUGCCCCACGGAGCCCCCGGAUGACAGCUGCCAGGACCAGCCGGGCACCAACUGCGCCUUAGCCAUCAAAGUGAGCCUCUGCGGCCACUGGUACUACAGCAAGGCCUGCUGCCGCUCCUGCAGGCCCGCGCACCCCUAG